AUGACUAGUAGUUUUCCAAUUUUUGAAAUACCAAUUAUUGCCACGGAUUUAAGACAAGAAGAAACUAUUAUUCAAAUAGCCGAUUGCCUUGAUUAUUUUGCAACAGUAACGGAAAGUUUAUUUACUUCUAUAUGUAGUAGAAUAAAUCAAAAUAAAAAUAAAAUAGCUGAGCUUCAAAACAGAGUAAGCAAUGAUCUUCCAAAAAAUUAUAAAUCAAUUUUUUGUAAUAUCGAAAGACAAAAUUUUAAUCCGACAAAAGUUGUUAUGAUUGAAAAGUCAAAUGUUAAUAAAAACUUGUCAUCAGUUGAAGAAAAACUUCAAUUUUUUCAUGUCAAAUGUAAACCUAAUUUAAAAAAAACUGAUAAUCAACUAGAAAAUGGUCUCGGACAGUUACCUAAAAAUAUUGAAUCUGUUUCAUCUCUUCUCCUAUUCAAUACUUCCGAAAAUCCUUAUGAAAGAUAUGUAGCUCUUGAUCCAAUGGGAGCUUUUACCAAAAUUAAAAAGAUUACCUUUGAGAAAACUGUCACAGAAAUGGAGGCAGCUCCAAUUUCCAUAACUCAGCAAGAAUCCUUAAACAAUCAAAUUAGAGACGAUUAUUUUUAUUCACCAAGUUUAGGUAAUGUUCCCAACUUAGAUGCACCUUUAGAUUUACCUGACCUUCCAGGUAUAGCAGAUGAUUUAAAAUAUAACUUAGAUUUAGACCCUGGUUUUGCUCCAUCUUCAAGUAUUGGAAUGCCUGAUUUGCCCCCUUUGCUGGAAAAUAUGUUUGACAACCUUUCUAAUAGUAAAAAUUCUGAUGUAAAGAUAAACGACAAUGGUAACAAGUUAGAGCUGCCUGAAUCAAAUUCUUCAAUUUUACCAUCUGAAUUACCCAUAAAUUUUAAUUCAUUAAUGAAUUCCACUCCUUUACCACAUUCCUUACCUCCUCCACCACCACCUCCACCGCCCCCUCCUCCACCCAUAUCUCCUGACGAUAAUGCUGUAAAUAACAACACAGUCGACAAUAUUAGUGCAACAUCACUUGUUACUGAAGUGGCAAGUACUGAUGCAAGAGCUAAUUUGAUGGCUGCAAUUAGAAAUGCUGGAGGGAAAAGCAAGUUGAGACCAAUUCAAAGUGGAAGAGAUGAAACAAAAAGAAUUAAGGAGGAAAAACACUUAGCAUCAAAAGGCGGAGAUUUAAUGGCUGAUUUACAUAAUAAAUUAAUUAUGAGACGAAAAGGGAUUUCUGGAAAAGUAAAAAAGGAUUCUGGUCCUACGAUUAGUGCAAUGGAUAAAGUUUCUGCCAUGAUUCCACCACCAACCCAGCAAGAUAUUUCAUCUGCCACAGAAGAUGAAGAUUGGGAAGAAUAA